UCCGAUCGGCCCCUCUCUUCCUCGCUGCUGAACCUCCCCGAUCUCUCACCGCAUCCAGGGGCUGGGGAGCAUUGAGCAAUUGCUGCCCGUCUUAUUCCCGUCCUUCAUCUGUGCUUCCUGCUCUUAUUAUCCUUGACUCAUCAUGUCGCGAAUGUGGGAGGUCGAUCCGGAGACGAGGGCCAAGCUCCUCCAGUUUUCCAAAACCAAUGGCAACGAUAAAUGCUGCGACUGCGGCGCCCCUUCGCCUCAAUGGGCAUCCCCUAAGUUCGGUACCUUCAUCUGCUUGAACUGCGCUGGCACACACCGUGGCCUAGGUGUUCACAUCUCCUUUGUCCGCUCCAUCACUAUGGACGCCUUCAAGACUUCUGAAAUCCUCCGCAUGGAGCACGGUGGCAACGAGCCGUGGAAGGAUUUCUUCGAUUCCCAUCCCAUCACGCAAUCCGAAGGUCGCACAUUCGAAGAUUCCACCAUAAAAGAGAGAUACGAGGGCGAAGUUGGCGAGGAGUGGAAGGAGAGACUGGCUGCGAAAGCCGAAGGAAGAGAAUACGUUCCGGGCCAACCCAAACCGCAGCAACCGAAGAAUAAGGAACCAACAUCUCGGUCGAGCACACCGCUCGCUGCCCGGACCGGAUCCCCGGCAUCGCACGACGGAGUGCCGGAGAUGAGCAAAAAGGAACGCAACGAGGCGUAUUUUGCUCGGCUGGGUAACGAAAACUCCUCGCGCUCGGAGUCGGUCCCUCCAUCGCAGGGAGGCAAAUUCACCGGAUUUGGGGGCGGAAUGCCGGUUACAAACACGCCCAAACAGUCAGGUAGCGGGGCGGCAAUUCCAGGAUUUGAUGAUUUCCAGAAGGAUCCCAUGGGUGCGUUGACGAAGGGCUUCGGAUGGUUUGCAACGACUGUAGGGAAGAGCGCGAAGACAGUCAAUGAUUCGUACAUCCAGCCUACGGCGAAGACGAUAGCAGAAUCCGACCUUGCAGCACAAGCGCGCAUUCACGCCGCCACCCUCGGCCAAAACAUGCAACACGGCGUCCGUGGCGCAGCGGACCAUUUCCAUCGUUUCGUGGAAGGACCCGACGAAGCUGCAGCGGCAGCCGCGGCACGGAGAGGCCGUGUUGAACCGGAGAGGAAGGAUUUUUGGGACUCGUUUUCUUCGGUAGCAGCGCAGGAUAGCCACCGGAGGACCGCAUCCAGGUCGAGUGCCAUCGGCACUGCGGCAAUGAAGACGGGGCCUAGUGGUGCUGGCGCUUCUUCGACUUCGUCUGCAGCUGCAUCGUCCGCAACAACUGGCACGGGGGCGGGCUCGUCCGCGACGGCAAGGAAGAGUACAGAUGAAGGUGGAUGGGAUGAUAACUGGUGAAGAGCAAUAGAGACGGACAGAUUUAAGACACAAACGUUGUUAUUAUUGUUC